UUUCUGUCAUUGUCAUUUGUCAGUGAAUCUGUCAACAAUUCGGCAAUGUUUUUUCAAGUCUUGUGAAAUACAUUUGUAUUUAUUACUUUAUACGAUAAUAUUUAAGCUAAACUAACGACUUCGAUAAAAUUUCCGAAAUACGAAAUGUUUAAAUUGCUUAACCGCCAUGCAAGACAAAGUGGCAUUUUAUAUUUGCGUUAUGAGAAAUUUGAGGUUAAACGAGCGAAAAUCUUUUACUGCUACUCACCAGCUGGUUCUGUGAGGUUUGCAUCUAGUGGUAGUGAUGCCGGAAAAACAGUACCCUUAAUUGAUAACAUACCUGAACCACCUCCUGUGCCAGAUGCUUCGUCCAUUGGUGAAAUAACUGAAGCAGUUCAAACUUUAGCCGCAAACGGCGAACCAUCAUUUGCUAGCUUAGGUCUAGGUGGUUGGGGGCCUGUGGGAAUAGUACAGAAUUGUUUUGAAUAUCUCCACGUAACAUUAGAUGUGCCAUGGUGGGGUGCAAUUCUCAUUGGUACAAUAGUUGUAAGAGCAAUUAUGUUCCCUCUAGUUAUAAUGUCACAACGGAACACUGCAAUAAUGAACAACAAUUUGCCUGAAAUACAACUUCUCCAAGUUAAAAUGACACAAGCCCGACAAACUGGAAAUCAGUUAGAAGCUGCACAGUAUGCCCAAGAAAUGAUGGCAUUCAUGAAAGAGAGAGGACUAAAUCCGCUAAAGAAUGUUCUUGUACCAUUGGCACAAGCACCAUUGUUUAUAUCAUUCUUUGUUGGUUUAAGAGGCAUGGCAAAUUGUCCAGUUGAAAGUAUGAUGCAUGGAGGCUUGUGGUGGUUCACAGAUUUAACAGUUCCUGAUCAAUUUUUCUUGCUACCAAUAAUAACGAGUGCUACCUUAUGGGCAACAAUAGAACUUGGUGUUGAUGGUGGACGUCUUGAUGCUCAAAACAUGCAGGUCAUGAGAUAUGUUCUUCGUGCAUUACCCAUAAUUAUGUUACCUUUUACUAUCAACUUCCCAGGAGCUAUUCUUGUAUACUGGUGCUCAACUAACUUCAUAUCAUUACUUCAAGUUGGAAUCUUAAAAGUACCAGCUGUGAGAGAUUAUUUCAAAAUUCCUAGACUAAUAAAACAUACACCAGACAAUUUACCAAUCAAGAAGAAAGGAUUCAUUGAAGGUGCAAAAGAUUCCUGGACGAAUAUGAAAAUAUCAAGAGAUCUUGCAGAUAGGCAGAGAAUUGAUGAACUGCUAUUCACAAAAGCAGGGAAGGGACCUUUACAGAAGACAUAUAAAUAUGACCCAACAAAAUUAUCUAAUGUACAAGCAAAAUCUAAAUAAAUUCUAUUAUGUAAUAAAUUAAGUUUGUCAUUGUAUGUAAAAAUAAAUGUAAUAGUAGUAUUUUA